AUGGCGACCAUUCCAGAUAGCCUGAAAGCUGCAGAUGUCGCGCGAUUUGUCAGUAGAGCAGCGCAAAUUGAGCGCGCAAAACCAGUGAUCGCGUACUGGUGCAAUUACUGGGUUGUCAACCAGAUAAUAUCAAAGGGGCUGCAUAAUUCCGACGAAGAAUCUAUUCAGUUCACGACCGAUUUAAUGGACAAGCUGGAGCAAUUCAAAACCGAGAACCCCGACAAUGACGCGAUAACAGAUAAUGUUGCUGGGCAAGCCUAUGUGGAGCAGUUUGGAUUAGAAGUUUUCACCAGAGCCGAUAACGCAGUUAGAGCCAACAAGGCUUCCAAGCAGACCGCAGACACAUUUUUAGCAGCAGCUACGUUUCUUGAGCUCUGUCAUAUCUGGGGUGAGCUGGAUCCCGACGUUUUGUCCAAGAUCAAAUUCGCCAAAUACCAUGCUGUCCGGAUUGCCAGAGCUGUCAAAAAUGGAGAGGACCCGAAUCUAUCAAAUCCUGUGGUGGAAUCCACAACCCCAGAUGCUGAAGGAGAUGCUUUAGACCCCAAUGAUCCAGAAGUCCAGGCACUUCAAGGCACGACCACAUCAUUGUCUACACGAGAACGUCAACCUUCGGUGGAAGAGGUUCCUGAUGAGGCUGAUCGCAUACAGAGAAGUCUUGCUCAACAGUCAACUCUAGAUGAAUCACUUCAUCCAUCCCGAUCGUCUUCCAUUCCUCCACCACAAAUCCCUUCAGCUACGGCCACAACCAGCGUCGAGGAGCCUGCAGUCCCGGUGCUACCAUCAACACCUAGAGAUUUAACACUUCCACAGGUUCCUCCGACGCUUCCAGAUACACCGGGCACACUUCCUGACUCCUCUGCUGCAUUCCAAUCAUUCCCCACUCCUUCCGUGCCCCUCAAGAACCGGGAUCAACCCAAUCCAAUCGCUCCGACAUUCCCUCCUCAAAAAGCCCCUGCAGCUAUUUCGGCGGUAGAGAACCGUUCUCUUACGAUGACGGCAUCGGGACCUAGUGCUACACCCGCCUCGAAUGUAGACGACCAGUCUAUUGCACAAGCACAGAAACAUGCUCGAUGGGCUGUGUCUGCGCUGAGUUUUGACGACGUGAAUACCGCUAUCAAAGAGUUAAAGAUUGCUCUACGGCAUCUCGAGAGCGAAUGA